AUGAGCACGCCGCCGACCCACAGCUAUGGAUCCUAUGCUUCGAACUCCUCCGCCGGGCAGCUGCCGGUCAUGCUUGGGCGGAAGCCGCAGGAUGUCAAGCUGGAGCCAAAGGGCGGCGAGGAGAAGAGGGGUCGCGACGACGUUCGCCGGAUGAGCACCAAGAAGCGCGGUCUGGACUCGAAGCCGACGUUGAACUUCAAACUGGCAGAGGAAGAGCUUGUCUUCGGACAGGUCUACAUAGCUUUGCAUCUGACCCGCGGAAUUGACCAUGCGGAUGUUCGGACAAAGGAUAGCUUCUACAUCGUGGGAAAUCGGAACCAGAUCCUUUCCUUGAAUGCCGUGUGGUUGGAUAAGGAACAGCUCACCACCCUCUGCAAGGACGUGAAGCGGCUGGGAGCCAAGCUCCAUCUCUUCGAAGCUGAGCCGUACGCCUUGUGCAAGAAAGAGAAGUACAUCCCGCUAUGUAUGUUUGUCAUCACAUGCCUCCUUACAAUCGGCGCCACGGCCUCUUCCAUCCUGAACUGGGAGGAUGGCAAGUAUGAGAAGUUGCAGAAGACCGUAAAAUCUCCACGUGUGUUCCUCAUGGCUUUCAGAGCUGCUGAUGCAUGGCUUCGCGCUAAUGCUGCAGCACUGAGCGUUUCAAUGCCCGUUGUCGGCGUGAUGGGUUGCUAUGCUUGGAAUGCCACGGAGAGUAAGCGCAUGGCGCGCCAAAUCCGCAACCGACACUUCCAACCAGAGGCUUUUGCAGAGUAUGACCAACGGUUUUGCCUUUUUGACAGAAACAGGAUGCAGAAUGCUCCGAUGGUUGCCCUGGUUGGAUUGACAUCCACAGGGAAGUCCAGCACUUUGUCGCAGUACCUGAAAGAGAGGCCGAACCCCUUCUACCUGUCGCUCACGGAUGGUAACCUCUACGAUGCAGUGUAUGAGGAGCUGAAAAAGGCAGUCCUUUGUCUCCCUUUUUUGGCCCACCAUGUGCGUUGGGACGCUAGCAAGACGCGCAAGGACAUCGUCAUUGAAGUCUUCAAGCUGGUGCAGGAGCAGACUGGUUCGCCGGUGCAGCUGGGAGUGGAUGUGGUCUUGAACUCCACAACAUUGCCUGUAGAGGGGGCAGACAGAGCAGUGAAGACUGUGCAGAAUUUGUAUUUGCCAGCGCCAAGCUCAGUUCCAAGUUUCAGCCCCAUCAACAUCAUCAAGCUCGUCACGGAUGUGAAGUGGCUUUGUGCUGAUGCGAGGGUGGCUUCGGCAGUCAUAGCAUCCAGCGAGGGCUUGGAGCUUCUGAGCGUGAAUGAGCCAAGACUUCGGACGCUGAUAGCAGAGGAGAUGCCGCUCGAGAAAGCCAAGGAGUACCUCCAGCACAUCCACGCCAAGGACUACACGGACGAGAUGCUCAAGAAAAUCCCACGAACCUUCACUCUGCUUCAGUAUUUCAAGACAGCACCGGACAAGGAGGACUUUGCCCAUAAGGAGAUGGAGGUGUGGAUGGAGAGAGUAAAGGAGUCCAUACAACAUUGCUCCCGAGGUCGCAGGGCCGCCAAAGCCCUCUUCAGGAAAGCGCUUGACACAGUCGACUACGAUGACAUUUGCAAGCACUGCAAAGACAAGCCGAACUUCACGGCAAAUUUCGUGAGACCCAGCCUCUUUACCCCCACAGAAGGUGCGAAGUACAAGUUGCACAGCUUGAAACUCCGCUUCGAGUUUAAUCGCGUGGGGCCAAGCUACUUCGUCCUGAAGCCGCCGCUGCGACUGGAGGAGUACGAGAACCGGCCGGUCGAGGAGUCGAGUGAAGAGGAGUUCGGGGAAGAUCCUCUCUCUCCUACUGCGCCACAGCAGCCGCCGAAGGCGGGGUUUCGGGGCUUCGGGGGUUCCGGAACCCUAACCCGUUCGGAGUUUACGCAUUGGAGGUGUGUGCUUUGGGGCUUGCGGGCUUUGGGGCUUCGGGUUUUAAGGUGCUGGGUCUUGCUUUGCCUUAGGGGUUUCUCGUAUUAG